GCUGCUUCGCGCACCUCCCGCUGUCUGCGCCGCGCCUGCCCCGCCCCGCCCCGCCAGCGACGGGCGCCAGUUUGGGCAAUGAUGGCUCAACUCCAGCAAGGAGUCCCUGAUGAAAAAGAAAAGACUACUGCAUUAAAGGAUUUAUUAUCUAGAAUAGACUUGGAUGAACUGAUGAAAAAAGAUGAGCCACCACUUGAAUUUCCUGAUACUCUGGAAGGAUUUGAGUACAGUUUUAAUGAAAAAGGGCAGUUAAGACAUGUGAAAACUGGCGAGCCGUUUGUUUUUAAUUAUCGUGAAGACUUGCAUAGGUGGAACCAGAAACGUUAUGAAGCUCUUGGAGAGAUUAUUACUAAACAUGUUUAUAGACUACUGGAAGACGAAUGCCACUUGAAAAAAGUAACUCUCCCAGUUGAUGCUACUGAGAAUGAACCAAAAAGCUUUAUCUUUAUGAGUGAAGAUGCAUUAACAAAUCCUGACAAACUGUUGGUCCUAAUUCAUGGUAAUGGCGUUGUCAGAGCAGGUCAGUGGGCUAGGAGACUUAUCAUUAAUGAAGAUCUGGACAGUGGCACACAGAUACCAUAUAUAAAGAAAGCUACUGAGGAAGGCUAUGGAGUAAUAGUACUGAAUCCCAAUGAGAACUAUAUUGAAGUGGAGAAGACAAAAGCCCAAGUACAGCUGUCUUCUGAUAGCUCAGAUGAACCUGCAGAAAAGAGGGAAAGAAAAGAUAAAAUCCAGAAGGAAACAAAGAAACGGCGUGACUUCUAUGAGAAGUAUCGAAAUCCUCAAAAAGAAAAAGAAACAAUGCAGAUGUAUAUUAGAGAUAAUGGAUCUCCGGAAGAACAUACCAUUUAUGUUUGGGACCAUUUUAUUUCCCAGUCAGCAGCAGAGAACGUGUUUUUUGUUGCUCACAGUUACGGUGGACUUGCAUUUGUAGAGUUGAUGAUUCAGCGAGAGGCAGAAGUAAAGAAUAAGGUAACUGCUGUGGCGUUCACAGACUCUGUUCACAACGUGUGGCAUCAAGAAGCUGGCAAAACUAUUCGAGAGUGGAUGCGAGAGAACUGCUGUAACUGGGUGUCCAGCUCAGAGCCACUGGACGCAUCCGUGGAGUCCAUGCUGCCCGAUUGCCCCCGAGUCUCUGCAGGUACAGAGCGUCAUGAACUGACUUCCUGGAAGAGUUUUCCAUCCAUUUUCAAGUUCUUCAGUGAAGCUAUGGAAGCAAAGAAUAGCUCAGUGAAGCCAACGCCAACACGGCGCUCCAAUAGGAUAAAAUACGAAGAAUUGUAAAAGGAAGGAGGGGGGGGGGAAGUCUCUUUGCUGCUCGCUCUCUGCAAGGAGUCUCCCAGCCCCUCAUUAGAUUGUUUUCUUCCUAGAGCACAGGGUCGUGAUGUAUACAUCUAAAUAACGUUUUGCAUUAUUUCUAGAUGAGUGCAACUGUCAAAGCAAUAUGGGUUCACUGGCUGUGCUUCCUGUGGGCUGUAACUUGGAUUUCGUGCUGCCCAUCAACGCGCAGAUUAAGGCUGACAGUGGUACUGCACAGUGCAGCAUGGUGCAGCUCUAAUUGCCCUGACAUAGCCCUGCCGGGGCUGUGUUUCUAGAUCCGGUAGUCUUCUCUUUCUGGCGACCAAGUGGGAUCAGCUCUUCAGUCUUUCAUUUUCUGCUGGUAGGAGGGUCAGAGAAGUUUGGUCCAGAUUUAUGGAAAAGCCCCUUUGUUCUAGAGAUUUUCUCCACCUGCCGGAUCAAUGGCAUUAUGUGUGGAUCUUAUCUUCCUUUUGAAAGCUCCACUUAAAAAAGUGGCUAUUCAUUAACUGCCUGGAUCACACUGUGAAAUAUGACAGGGAAAAAAAAGGGGGGGGUGGGGGGGCUGGCGGGGAAAGGCCACGUUUUCCUGUUUAUUUCUAAAUGCAAAAAUGCUUCCUUUUUAACACGCUGGGUUUCUAAGGACUUUGCCACUGGUGUGUACCCCCGCCCACUCCACAGCUCCCUCUGUGCUGGGUGCCGCUCUGCACUGCAUCAGCUGCACGACAUGCCCGACGGCGUGCCCGGCCUGUGAGCACGCUAAUUAAGCUCUUUUAGGUUUGAUGAUGCUAAAUUGAAGUGAUCUUUUCUGCAGUGGCUAUGCCCACCUCGCUUCUGAUGUGGUUAGCGAUGGGGAGGUGAAACUCACCGCGCUGCCCGGGAAUUUGGGACCCUCCCCUAUGAUGCUCCCGCACCUGGGGGCGGGGUCUGAGGGUGUGCCGGGUUUGGGGGUGUGCGGGGUCUGGGGGUGUGCCCCUGGAGGGCUCACUGGGAGUCCCAGUUUUGAGCCGGAGUGGUUCUGCGCUGCUGUGAUUCUAGGAGAACCUCGAUUUUUCGUUGUCAGCCUGUGCGGGUUUUGCGCUGCAGAUUCCCACGGGGACUUGCGGCGAGGGGAGGUAGGGAGUGGGGCUCGGCCCGCUUCCCUUAGGGAUGUGGAGGGGAAGAGCAUCUUCUGCGUUCCGAGGAGGAGGAGGAGCGGAAGGCCGGGGAAGUUUAUCUCCCAGCCGCCGCCCGACGCCAGUGGAGGGACGAGUUGCCAAACAUCGCGAGAAUUAAUUUCUUUUUCUAAGUGUCGCUAAGAAAUUAAGUGUACCAAUUUUUCUACUUGUAACAUUUGCCCGGUUCUUACGGCUUUUCCUUACCGUGCCUUCGCCUGGCUUGUGCUUCCACAAGGAUCUGUAAAGCACAGCGAGCCCCCCACGACCAAAAAUAAAGAUUCCCUCAUUGCA